ACUACUCGACUAGAACUGCCGUUAGUUGUGUGGAAUUGUAUACGAAAUCAAGUGAAUGUAAACAAACAAGCUAUCAUGUCUGAGAAUUCAAACCAUUUUAGAAAAUACAGUGCCCAGGAGCAUCCAUCGGUAAAAGAAAAAAAUGACGACCCAAUCGAUUUAGAUGAUGUGUUACCAAAAAUUGGUGAAUUUGGAGUGUAUCAAAAGUGUCUAUUGUGGUUCGUCUGUCUGCCCGCGUGCCUUCCGUGUGGAUUCUGUGCUUUCAAUCAGCUCUUUAUGACGGACACGCCUGAUCACUGGUGCAAAGUGCCAGAAUUAUACAACAUGUCGGAAGAUAAUCGUAAAAUGAUAUCCAUUCCACGUAAGGAAGAUGAUAAUACAACCUUUGAGAAUUGUGUUCGUUAUUCAGUUGAUUGGUCUGCAUUAUUAAACACAGGUAAACUAAUACAACUAAAUGAGAGUUGGCCUGUUGAGCCUUGUUUAGAUGGCUAUGAAUACGACAAAACUGAAGUGAAAUCCUCUGUUGUUAUUGAUUUUGAUUUAGUUUGCGAAUACGAUGUCUAUCCGACACUCGGCUUAGUUGCCCUUAAUGUCGGAGGACCUAUUGGAGUGUACUCUUUUGGCCUCCUCAAUGAUCGAAUAGGGCGAAAAAAAUCCUUUUUUGCCUGUUUAACAACUUUACUGCUUGGAAGUAUGAUGACAGCAUACGCACAUGAAUUCUGGUUUUGGGUAUUAGCACGAAUAAUUGUCGGAUUAACUAUUCCAGCUGUUUAUCAAAUACCGUUCAUAAUAUCAUUGGAACUUGCAGGACCUAAUUACAGAUCGUUUGUUACUGUAAUGACCUGUAUAUUCUACACUUUGGGAUUAAUUCUUUUAUCCAUUGUAACAUACGUCUUGCGCGAUUGGAGAUCGCUUGCACUAGCCACAUCUGUUCCGUUUUUCUUCUAUUAUCUGUACUGGUUCGUUUUACCGGAAUCUCCUCGAUGGCUGCUAAUGAGAGAAAGAUUAGAAGAAGCGAACAGCAUUCUAAAGACAAUCGCAAGAGUUAAUGGCAAAGAGUUACCAGAAGAGUUCACGGAAAAACUUCAAAAACAAGUCUUAGAACAAAAAGAGCAUGGAUUCAAAGAAGCAAAAGCUCCUAGCGUGUUUGCAUUAUGUAGAACUCCGAAUAUGAGACUUAAAACCAUUUUGAUUACUCUAAACUGGUGUGCAUCAGAAAUGGUGUACGUGGGCCUUAGUUAUUAUGGACCGGCCAUCGGGAGCAACCAGUACAUGAGCUUUUUUCUCUCUUCCGCCGUAGAAAUUCCAAGCUAUAUUGUUUGUUGGAUUCUAAUGGAUCGCGUCGGGCGUCGUUGGCCUCUUUGCCUCUCAAUGGUCAUCAGUGGAAUUUUCUGUAUCGUCACUGUUCUUCUGCCAAGCGACGCUGAAAAUGAAACUCUGAUUUUAUACUUAAUAUCGAAAUGUUUCAUAUCAGCAUCGUUUUUGAUAAUUUACCCGUACGCUGGAGAGUUGUAUCCAACAGAGCUAAGAGGAAUAGGAAUCGGAACGUCUGCUUAUAUCGGCGGACUGGGGCUAAUAAUUAUACCGUUCAUCAAUUAUUUGGGGACCAGUAAUCUGGUACUGCCACUGGUUCUAAUGGGCGCAGUAUCGGUGGUUGGAGGCAUUACAGCCCUGCGACUACCGGAAACGCUUCACUGUUCUCUACCUCAGACCGCUGAAGAAGGGGAAGAGUUUGGAAAAGAUUGGACGUACAAAGAUUGCUUAGCGUGCGGUGGCCAAAGGAGUGCAGUUCCAGCGUCAGAUUCUUACGAAAACUUGGACCAGUUAGAGCUAGCCCAAGCUCCGUCUACAGAAGACGUGUUGCCAGACAUGCAGCCUUUACGGCGGAAUUCUAUGCGGAAAUUAGUCCGGCAGGCAAGCACGUUGGAAACCCAGCGAGACAAAGAUGGCAGUUUAAAGAUGACUUAUUGGUUUUAAGUGCUAUUUUAACUAGUUUCGUAGUUUAAAAUAAUUUUAUAAUUGAAAAUGAAUUUCAAUUAUUUUAUACUAACAUAACACCUAUAGGUACCUACCUUUUUUGAUUAUCUUAAUUUUUUAAGGGACUUUUGUCCGACACGACUCGCCAGCGCUAUCGUAUCAUAUCGUAUCGUAUCGUAUCGUAGCGCUGUCGUACGUAGUUUACAAUUGAAAGCGUAUCGUAUCGUAUCGUAUCGUAAUUACAAUCAUCUAUACCUAAAACAGUAUUUGAUUACGCAUUGAUAUAUAUCAAUGCGUUUGUACGCUUACGUGCAAAGAUGUUAA